ACAUUAUUAUUACUUACUCUCUUAAUCACUUUUGAUUAACAAAACUAAUUUACCAUUGAGGGUUUUCUUCUUCCUUCUUCUUCAUCCUCUUUGCUGCUAUGAUUGAGCUCCAUGGAUCUGCAAUCAUAGUUCUUCGAUUUAGGAUUCGUUUAGAUCGCGGUUUUUGAGCUCGGUUGGUGAAGACAUAUGCUUGAAAACAGAAGUCUUGUACUGAAGCAUGGCUCUUCGGCUACCAGCUUCUAAAGCAGCUGAAGUUGCGAUUGGAUCUAUUGGCUGUGGUUAUGAUCUAGCUAUUGAUUUACGGUUGAAGUAUUGCAAAGGAGGUUCCAAAGAUUCUAGAUUACUUGACAUUAAAGAAGGUGAUGAUAAUUGUGAGAUUGUUUUACCUGGUGGAAUCUCCAUUCCUAAUGUUUCCAAGUCUAUCAAAUGCGAUAAAGGGGAGCGUAUGCGGUUUAGGUCCGAUAUUCUUCCUUUCCAACAGAUGGCAGAGCAGUUCAACCAGGAACUAUCUUUGGCUGGGAAAAUCCCGUCAGGUCUCUUCAAUGCCAUGUUUGAAUUCUCGAGCUGUUGGCAGAAAGACGCAGCCUACACCAAAAACCUUGCUUUUGAUGGGGUUUUCAUCUCAUUAUACUCGGUGGCUUUGGACAAAUCUCAAGUGUUACUCCGUGAGCAUGUUAAGCAGGCUGUUCCAUCAACAUGGGACCCUGCUGCAUUGGCAAGGUUUAUAGAUAUUUAUGGGACGCAUAUAAUUGUUAGUGUUAAGAUGGGAGGAAAAGAUGUGAUUUAUGCAAAACAACAACACUCCUCAAAACUUCAGCCUGAGGAUCUGCAGAAAAGGUUAAAAGAGGUGGCAGAUAAGAGGUUCGUGGAAGCUAGCGUAGUGCAUAAUACGGGUUCAGAAAGAGUACAAGCAAGUAGUAAGGUGGAAACAAAGGAGCAACGCCUGAGAUUUGCAGAUACCAGUUCUUUGGGCUCUUAUGCAAAUAAGGAGGACUAUGUCUUCAUGUGCAAGAGGCGAGGUGGAAACGAUAACAGAAAUCUAAUGCAUAAUGAAUGGCUGCAAACAGUUCAGAUGGAGCCUGAUGUUAUCUCCAUGUCUUUUAUUCCAAUUACGUCUUUGCUUAAUGGAGUUCCAGGAAGUGGAUUCUUAAGCCAUGCCAUAAAUCUGUAUCUAAGAUGUAAGCCUAUAAAUCAUUUGCGCUUUGUGCAUUUCUUUCUGGAGUUAUUCUUCAUACUAGUGGUUUCUUUUACCUUUAGAUUAGAAGUUUGAUAUAGGUAAAAUUAGAAUAGUAUAAUCCCAAAUCUUGCGUAAUCUCCAAGUCCAGCUGGGUAGUUAGGUUGAUACAUAGGAGCAUAACUUGAAAAUUAUAGUAUUUUUAUAAGUCGAAGAUGAUUUUUUCUGCCAUCUGUUAUAUGAUCCGCGUAAGAUGAACAUACUAUAAACGAAAAGCCUUGGGUUAACAAUCCAACAUUAACUGAGAUUUGUAGAUAAGCCACCAAUUGAAGAGCUGCAUCAGUUUCUCGAGUUUCAGCUACCAAGGCAGUGGGCACCCGUUUUUAGUGAACUUCCUCUUGGUCCGCAACGAAAGCAACAAAGUUGUGCGUCUCUGCAAUUCAGUUUCUUUGGACCUAAGCUAUACGUGAAUACCACUCCGGUUGAUGUUGGUAAGAGGCCAAUCACUGGCAUGCGGCUCUACCUAGAGGGUAGAAGAAGCAACCGUUUGGCAAUUCAUUUGCAACACCUUUCCUCUCUUCCCAAGAUAUAUCAGCUCGAAGACGAUCUAAAUAGAAGUAUCCGGCAAGAGUCUCAUGACCGUCGAUACUAUGAGAAAGUAAACUGGAAGAACUACUCUCACGUCUGCACAGAGCCUGUCGAAUCAGAUGAUGAUCUUUCUGUAGUAACAGGUGCGCAGCUUCAUGUAGAGAGCCACGGAUUCAAGAACGUGCUCUUCUUGCGCCUUUGUUUCUCUAGAGUUGUGGGAGCAACACUGGUAAAGAAUUCUGAAUGGGAUGAAGCGGUAGGCUUUGCUCCAAAAUCAGGACUCAUCUCAACGCUAAUAAGCCAUCACUUCACUGCAGCACAAAAACCACCACCACGACCUGCAGACGUGAAUAUAAAUUCGGCUAUAUAUCCUGGUGGACCACCAGUACCCACGCAAGCUCCAAAACUUUUGAAAUUUGUGGAUACAAGUGAGAUGACAAGAGGGCCGCAAGAAUCACCCGGGUAUUGGGUUGUAUCGGGUGCAAGAUUAUUGGUGGAGAAAGGCAAAAUCUCAUUGAAGGUGAAGUAUUCUCUAUUUACUCCAAUAUUGGGAGAUGAAGUGAUCGAGGAAGCCUAUGAAGGUUAAGAGAAAAUGGUGGUGGUGUGGCUCAGAGACAAUGAGAGAAAAUAGGAUGAGUGGUAUGUUUAUGUCUGUACGUGUACAUUCUUAAGGUUUUGUCGUUUGUAAUGUUAAUGGUGUGGAUGUCUAAUAUGCCACUGUAAAACUUAUAUACACGAGAAGUUGGGAUCGUGGAUAUCAAAUUUAUGGGUUUGAAUAGUGACAUUGACAAGUUUUGGU